GACCAUGGGCAACGUGAUGGAGGGGAAGUCGGUGGAGGAGCUGAGCAGCACCGAGUGCCACCAGUGGUACAAGAAGUUCAUGGUGGAGUGCCCCUCGGGCCAGCUCACCCUCUACGAGUUCCGCCAGUUCUUCGGCCUCAAGAACCUCAGCCCCUCGGCCAGCCAGUACGUGGAGCAGAUGUUCGAGACUUUUGACUUCAACAAGGACGGCUACAUCGACUUCAUGGAGUACGUGGCGGCGCUCAGCCUGGUCCUCAAAGGGAAGGUGGAACAGAAGCUGCGCUGGUAUUUCAAGCUCUACGACGUGGACGGCAACGGCUGCAUCGACCGAGAUGAGCUACUCACCAUCAUCCAGGCCAUUCGAACCAUUAACCCCUGGAGCGACCUGAGCAUGAGCGCCGAGGAGUUCACAGACACUGUGUUUGCCAAGAUAGACAUCAAUGGGGAUGGGGAGCUGUCUCUCGAGGAGUUCAUGGAGGGCGUCCAGAAGGACCAGAUGCUGCUGGACACGCUCACUCGGAGCCUGGACCUCACGCGGAUCGUGCGCCGGCUCCAGAACGGGGAGCAGGACGAGGCGGGGGCCGGCGCGGGCGCCGGGGCGGGGCAGGCGGCCGGCUGAGC